GUUGCCUUUUUAAGAGUUUUUGAGUCAUUGUUUUUAGUGAAAGUAACUGAUAUUGAAGCUUUUCUCAAUGGACUUGAAAAUUUAGAUUUUCAAAAUGUUCUUCGAAAAUAAAUUUAUUCAUCUUGGAAAGAAACGCAUAGCAAUACAUAUUUUUAUUAUCUAUACGCUUGGCAAAAAAAAAAGAUAGUUUUAUUUGAUUAAAUAAAGUCAGAAUAGUUUCUAGUUCAAAAAGAAUUUUUUCAAAGCACAUUCUCGAAGAAACAAUCUAAAUUAGAGUUGAACUUGUUACAUAUAGCCAUUUUGACAAAUUUAUUUUUCGUUAUUUCUUGUCAGCUAAAUAAUCUUUGCACGUAAAUCGUUACUGAAAAUAUAUAUAUAUAUAUUAUCACAGACUGUAUAGGAAUAACGUCUAGUUAUAAUAUUUGAACUUUUUUCCGUCUUGCAUUUUUUGAAGGAUUAAGUAACAGAUUGAUGAAGAAAUGUUUCCCAAAAACCAAUAGAAUAAAACAAUUUCUCUAUGAUUAGCAACAGAAGGUGCAUCGUGUUUUUUAUCUUAAUUGUGCAAAGAUUGCGCUAACAAACUUUUCGUUACAAGCGACCUAAUCACACAAUGAUAACUUAUUUCAUUUAGUUUUGAUGGUAAUUUUUUUUUUUAUUGAACCUAAUUCGAUAUCUGUUCAUCUUCGAUGUGCAAUGAGAUCUUGAUAUAGCAAAGUAAUUCAGUUUUUGUGAAAGUCAUUCUGAUAUAUUUCAGAAUGAUAUUCUAUUAUUGCAAUUACAAUCAUGUGAUGAUGAGAUAAUAAAUUAGUUUUUCUAGAGUUGCUCAGUUCAAAAUCAAUGAUUUUAUUUUUAAAAUAAAUUCCGAUGAUGCCAUUACGAAAAAAAGAAUUUGUUUAAAGAUAGUGAAAUUUUUCAUCGAACCUUUUAUCAUGAUUCAUAAAUGUAUAUAUAGAGGACAUUUAAACUUUCGCCUUCUAAUAGUCUACAUGAGUAGAAUAACAAAACCGGCUAGAACAAGUUUGUAUCUUAAUCCAAUCGAGCAUGUAGAAAUAAAUAUUGGUUAAAUUUAAAUUUUUUUUUUAAAUACAUUUCAUCAACCUUUUAUUUGCAAAAUUUGACAUUAUUGCUAGCCAUGUCAUCUUGCUUUGAAAAAAAAAGAAUACGAAAUUGGAAAAAUUGCCUUACAAAUAUCGCAUAGACCAAUAAAUAAUGUUGUUUAUGAAAGUCUAUAAUUCAAAUUAAUGAUCAGUAGUCUCCAUCUGAAAUAAAGUAUUUAUCAUGAUGAUUAAUUAUUGUGAGAAGACGCAAGUCUUAAAGGAGUAUCAUGGGAAAUCUGCUAGUUAUGAAAAAUUUUUUUGAUUAUCUUAGCAAAUAUGCUGUUCGUAGCGUGUUGAACAGUUAUCUCACGUGAAAGUAUGGAUAGUUUAUCGAAAAUUUUCUUUUUCGAUUGAUGUACAGUGUAGCGAAUGUCAUAGUGCAUAGAAGAAUAGAUUGAUCUAUUCUCAAAUAUUGUCUUUAAUCGAAUGAUAUAUUUCUAGUGUAUCUGUCUUGCUGGUUGCUCUAGUGCAUAUUCAAACUCAGCUUUACCUAGUGGUAGCUUUAGUGGAGCAACAGCGUUUGGCUAUUGGGAUGAUCUUUAUAUAUAUGCCGGUACAUCUCAAACCGUCUAUUAUGGUACAACAGGAACAUAUCCUAAUCGAAACUUAGUCUUCGAGUUUUACAUGGCUCAUUACUCCUCGGCGAGUCUAUAUUAUCACUUCCAAAUAGUGUUCUUCGAGGCUACACCUAAUGUCGUCCAAUAUUUAUAUUACCAAGCAUCAGAUGGAGGUGGUUCAGCCACAAUUGGUGUUCAAAGUACGGGAAGCGGUCCCAGAAUACAAUAUUCUUACAACACGGUUAGUGUACCAUAUGGUACAUCAUCAACAAACACACCGACAUUAACACUGACAUUCAAUACAAAUACAGGCACAUAUACAAGCUCUGGAUAA